AAUUUUCAAGGAUCGAAGUGGCCCCAAUUAAUAAUUUAUGGGAUGUUAAAAGAGACAACUAACAAUCUAUAAUACAGCUUUUUUUGAAUUAGUGUUCUGGAUUACAAGUGCAUUUGCUUGAAAAGGUAUCUUAAUGUCAUACAAUGCAUACACUUUAGAGAUAUUUUGGACAUAUUGUUAUACAAGUCGAAUCUACUAGCUAGUAAGGUAACUUUUCCAUUAGAUUUGUCUUGACUCUGUAUGUGCGAGUAUAUUAAAGCUGCUUAUUUUGUCCAUUAAUGAAAGAAGAGCUGACAAUGUUAUAUUUUCCAGCAAGUAUUUAUUUUGAUACUCACGUAUUCGAACAUGUUCAUAAAAACACUACUGUCUUUAAAAUUGACGGUUACAUGAAAACGACUAUCUCGUGCUAAUGGUUUUUCUCUGGAAACGUGUCUGUUCAACUGUUACAUUAUUGCUUUCUGACAAUAUCAGUGUAUAUAAGAGUCAAUACUCAGCCAAGAUCCAAAUUCCGAACUGCAGUCGAGAAUAGAAUGAACAGAGUUGUUUUACAUUAGGGUUCCUAUUCAUGUAGACAGCGCAUGUUCUUUAAAGAAAAAACUUUUUUCCUUGGAUUUAACGUGAAUAUCGCAUUGAUUUUUAUAGAGUUCAGGACUAUCGUUUCUAUACGUUGGCAGUUUUGCGGAUUUAUUGAAUUGCAAAACUGCUAUUGUUAAUAAAUGGCAAUGUUAGGAAUAAAAAGAAAUCAACAAGUCUCUUAAAUUUUGAUUGUACUUUCAGAAAAGGAGUUAAGUUUAAAAACUGAUUUAAAAAAAGUAAUGUAGUUAGUCAUUGUAAGUAUAUGAAAUAAUAAUUAGCGGAAAGACAUGUAGACUGGUUGAAUAUAAAAUGUCUUAAACAUACUGACCUGGCAAGACAUGUAGUAUAUAAAGUUUUACCAAUGAGUACAGGCUGGAUUUUGAUGAAUGUUGAAAUAAAGUUUCGACAGAAGAUAUAACAUUUACUUGUUGAACAAAAUGCAGCGUCACAGUUAUACAGAAUCUACAUUAGACACUUUAUCAGAGGGUAUAUGUAAUCUUAGAAGGUCGUUGUCAUCCAUUAGGAGAAAAAAGAAAACUUUCUCUCCUGGUUCAGGACCAGCCUCACCAACACAAAUAGCACACAGACCGUUAAGAGCUGUGAAGUCGAAUCCACCGACAUUCAGCUUCAGCCCUGCGGAAAUAGCAAGUUCACCGGCCUCAGAUCUAGCUGCAAGACGCGGGGUAUUCAGCAGGCGGCAUUAUGGCUCUGUGGAAUUGCUCAAUUCGACAGACAGCGACCCGUCAUUAAACGCUGGAAGGUUUAGACUUGAAACAGGUGAAAGGUGUCAAGAAGAGCCUGUGAGUCCACUAAAUAGUCCAGUUCAUUUAGAGAAUCCAGAAUUCCAGACAAGAUGGUACUUCAAAUAUUUUCUUGGUAAAUUGCAUCAGAACUAUGUCGGUAUAGACCUAGACAAAGACGUGUUCCUGUUGUCCGUGGUUGUAACAGAUGCCAACAAUCACAACGUACCUCAGUACAGAGCCAUACUAUGGACAAAAACUGGUGCUAAAAAGAUAUCUUUAUCGUACAAUCCAAGCAAACCUCAAACAGUGAAAGGCAUCUUAAAUCAUCUUGAUAUGGACAGAAUAGAAAAAGGGCCUAAAGAAAUAUUCAACCCAGAAAUACAGAAAGAAAUUUUGGUGCUUGAGGAACAAGAGGGAUCAGUCAAUUUCAAAAUAGGUGUAUUAUAUGCGAAAGAGGGGCAGACAUCCGAUGAUGAAUUCUUUUGCAACGAACAUGGAAGUGAUGAAUUCAACAAAUUUUUGCGGUUACUUGGGGAUAGAGUGCGACUGAAAGGAUGGGACAAAUUCAAGGCAGGUUUAGACGUCAAAUCGAAUACCACUGGUGAAGAGACCAUAUACACUGUUUAUGAAGGUCACGAAAUAAUGUUCCAUGUUUCUACAAUGCUGCCAUUCUCCUCAGAGAACAAACAGCAGGUUGAAAGAAAGCGUCAUAUCGGUAACGAUAUUGUCAACAUCAUCUUCUGGGAUGGUGAUCCAAACAGCGCGCCUUCUUUCAAACCAAGUAUGAUGAAAACCAGAUUUACACAUAUAUUUGCCUUGGUUACGUACAAUCCAGAGACGUUACGAUACCGUUUGAAUGUGUUUUCCCAAGAAUCAGUGCCAUUAUUCGGACCACCUUUGCCUUCUCCACCAGAGUUCUUUGACGCAGACGAAUUUAGGGAUUUUCUACUUGUCAAAUUAAUAAAUGGCGAAAAAGCAGCUGUGAACAACCCGGUAUUUACACAGAAAAGAGAAAGAACCCUAGAAAUGCUCAUCAAAAAUCUCUACUUAGAUUAUAUGCCAGAGAAUAACAUGUUGAACAGACGAGCUUUUAGUGAUGUGAUACAAGAUGCCAACACAAGCAGGAGGAAAGAGGAUGCUAGAAGAGCAGAAUUUGUCAGAAUAGGACAGACUUUAAAGCUGAAGACGAUAUUAAAAGGAAAUGCACCAACAAGUAUGGUGUCCACUGGAAUGUUGAAAACACAGCCGUGGGAACCUCAGCAUUGUUUUAGUGAUUUUUGUCAUCCCAUCAUUACAUCAGAUUCAUGGGGAGAUAAACUUGUGUUGGCAACUGAUCAAGGCACUUUUGUUCUAGAAGACGGGUUACAGCCUAGAAUGAUUUUUGAUAAGUCUGUUGGUGUAAAACAAAUCAAUGUCGUAGAGGCUCAUGGUCUACUUAUAAUGAGGAAAGAUAAAGGUAAAGAUGGCAAGAUAUACGCAUUUCGUCUCCUAGACUUUGAGGGGGAGGCUGCUGAAAACAUUAUACGUAGUAAAGUAGACUGCAGAGACCAUAAAAUAGAAAAAACAAAAGGUUGUCAUUUAUACGCUCUAAGCCGUCCCGGCUCAAGUCAUCUACGAAUGGUUGUGGCAGUUGGGCGUCGUCUACUUGUGUUCACAUGGAAACAUUCGGCAGAAUGGCUAGUCUGGUGCUGUCCGUCAAUGGAACUGGACACAGUUGAAGGGUUUACAUUUGUUAGGGAAUUGGAAUGUUUUGAUACUCCUCAGAUUAUAUCCCUAGUUGACGGGACGAAAGGGGAAAAUGACGGCAUAAGGAUAGACAACCAGAUUUGUGUUGGAUAUAAGCAUCAGUUUGAUUUAAUCAACGAAAAGAAUGGAGACACACUACAGCUCUUCCAAACAGACUCAAAUAAGAAUGUAUCUCUUGUGUCAGCUAUUGAUAUUUAUGAAGAUGAAGAAGCAGAGCUCUUGUUGUCGUAUAACUAUGUUAGUCAUUUCCAAAAACUCAAAGAGGAAAAUUCGAACGAUUUCGACAUCCACUGGAAUUCGGAACCUUUUCAUAUAGUUUGUGCCUUCCCUUAUGUUAUGGCCUUCACCGCAGAUACGAUAGAAAUCCGACUGAUAGUGAACGGAAAUCUUGUUCAUACAAUGACCAUGCCGGACCUUACCCUCAUAUCUUCAAAGUGUGACAUUUAUUUUGCAACAUCGGCGUAUCCACCGCCACCAGAUGACAGACAAUUAACAGACCAGGAAUCUUGCUCAACACCUCCCCGUUCGCCAAACUUUAGACUAUCUCCAUCACCCAACUCAAAGUUCCAUUUCUCCUCCACAAGGUUUAUCUACAAAAUUCCAAUUUCAUGUCUCACUGGUCACGUCCUUCCAGAAAAGUCUGUGAGCAGCCAGAGUUCAGUUCAACAAUCGACCUUGCUAGCUCCUGUAAUGGGCAGUGCGGGGACCUCCCCUGGAUUAUUAAGGAGAAGUCCAUUACUUCGGUCAAGAAACCUGCAAGUUGCACAGGCGGAACAAGGUCUGGAGAACAACGAGAGGCAUGAUUCUUCCAGUUCGGAUUCAGGCAUCACAAUGUUAAGAACUAAUGAAUUCUCCCCUCCGGAGAGUCCAAGUCUUGCAUCUGGUGGUGUUGGUGGUGGAGGUGCUGUUUUCCAUGAGUCUGAUAUUGUCUGAGUUAUUAUUAUGCAGCGGCAACAGUGUGUAGUCACAAGCAUACGUAGCCAGUAUAUUAAUGACCAAUAAUUGAACUGUGAUUGUGGAAUUUCAUUUUGUUACAAGCAGUGGACAAUGACAGCAUAAAUGGUGUGCUAAGGCGAUCAUUUGUUCUAGUCUCAGUUAUGCUGAAAGUAUAACCGUUCUUGCCAAAGAAGUUCUGUAUUUGUUAAAACAGAAUUGUAUGUGCUGUAAUGUCAGACACACUUGGAAAUAGUUACAUGUUUUAUUGUGAUAGGCUCAGUGAUAUAUUCCCCUUUUGUUUUAUAUUCAUGUGCCAGUUAUAUAUGAUGAGCGACUUUUUAAAGGUGUCUAAAAUUUCAAAGUAGAAUAAUGUAUAUAGAAAUUAUUUGUUCAACGCGUAGUACAAAAGAUGGUGUAAUAUACUAGGUAUUUGACAAUCUUGAUAAGCAUUGAGUGUAAAUUAACAAUAAUUGAUAGAAUUCAUACGAUGAAUUAAUAUUACAUAUAAUAAAGAAACUGUAUAUAUAUAUUGUACAUAUAGGUUUACCUGAUACCUAAUUUAGAGCUAGUAUUUAUAACGCUCAACAUGGAAAUGAAAUAUGUUAGUUUUUUUAUUAAAAUUCUUACUUUGUGCCAUAUCAUCAGUUUUUGUUUUGUAAAUUGAAACAGCAUUUUGUUUCUUUGUUUCUGUUAUUGUUACAUGACUAGAAACAAUUCUUAACCAUUAAACUAUCACCAUUUUAUAGAACAUGAUUGUGUUUUGUUUUCGUCAAGUAUUACUUUCAGUAGGUUAUUAAUCUUUAGCUUGCUGGCGGCAAGUGAUUUUGCCUGUGCGACCGAUGCAGACCAAGUCCGUGUAGGCUGAUCAUGGUCUGCACUGUUCGCUAUUCAGUCAAUAAAUUUUUGGUGAACACCCCUUUAUAUCAUAAGUGGUAUUCCCUAAAGUGAAUGAUUUAAAAAUAUAGCAGGGUAAAGGUUAAACGCAGAUUAUUACCGUUACAAAAAGAGAAUAAAUAUGUAAUAAUAUUUGAGACAAUAUAUCAAUUUAUUUUAAAGUAGUGGAGAAAAGUCAUCAAUCUUUCUUAGAAUAAUAGGAAUAAAUACGCCAAUCAAUGAAGUUUAAACAUACCCUGAAAAUGAAACCGUUUUAAGUUGUUUAAUAAAUGACAGUAAAGUUGGUAAGCUGUUCGUAAAAAUCCGUACCUCUGUUUUAAGGGAACACUUCAUUUACUAUCAGACAUUAAUAUUCAGCGCUUUAAAUGUACUCGUAUGCAGUUGGUUAUUCGAUAAAGGAUUUUAGAACAUAAAUUCCGCUUUACAGUUUACUGACUAAUUAAAUUAAACAGGAUUGUAAGUAUACUUAACAGAUAUCUGUAGAUUAAAAUGAUUUUACACUUCACUUUCAAAAUUGUUUACAUGUACUUGCAAAGAACAACGCAGUCACAGGUUUUUAGUUGAUUAUUCAGAUUGUUGGACAAAAUAUUGUUUCCGCAGAGUUAUGUAGAAAUUUUUUAUCACUUUUCAGAAUAUACUAUUAGAUUAACUCAUUCAAAAGUAUUUAAAGAUAUCUUACUGCUAAUAAAAUUAUAAGGACAAGCUUUCGUCAAAACUGUUCAUUAAAUUGUUACUCUUUAUUAUGAGAAUGACUUUCAUACUAGACAUCCAACCAGUCUGUCAAAAUUAUAUCACAGUGACUGUAAAGUAAUAUAUCAACGGUGUUGAUCCAAAACCCCGCAAAAAUGGCAACUUCUUGAGAUGUUAAAACCGUGUUUACUCUAUUAUAGCAAGGUCGAGUCCUUUGGAACAAAGGUCUUUAGAACUUGGCAAUAAAUUGUGUUUUAUGCUCAACUGAGCUUGACAUCUUUAAGUUUGGCUAUAUAUAGCUUAAGUUUUGAUCUUACUAUUAAAACUUUAUGCAAGUCUUCUUAUUGCAGUUCCUAUUUACUAUAAAUAACGUUAAUUGAUACUGACUGAGAGAUGAGCGAGAAAAUUUGCACAUAUGAUUUAUAACAAAAGCAUUUUCGUGCCAAAUUUCAAUUAGUGGCUUUGAUCGGUACCUUCAAUAGGCUUGAAAUAUGAUACAUACCUAAGAAGUUAAUAUAGUGUUAUGUAUACAGAGUAAACAGAACAUAUCAUUUAAAAUUUGUUUUUAAUUCUACAAUUGACAAGAAACAAGUUCUUUUAACUUACAGAUAUUUUUAUCUCUCUACUGGCCUAAAACCGAUUUCCUACAUGGAUCACUAAUGGUUCAUAUCCGUGUCGAGUUGUACAUUAGGUAAACAGAACAGAAUAAUUGAACAUACUGGUUAGUUCUUGUUUUUGUACAAAGUAAUUAUAUGUUGUUACAUGAACAUGUCAGAAAGAAUUUAUUUUGUGAAAUUGUUUAUCAGUUUUCAUUGUUUAAAGUAUUGUCAUUUGCAACGAAUAUUAUAUCUGUUUUAAACCAUUUUAAACAAACAAUAUUGUGAUACUUUGUUAAAAGCACAGACAUUCAGAAUUAUGCCCUCUUGUUAAAAAUUUAGAAAGUAGUUAUCAGAAGACAAAUUGAUUCAGUGAUUUCUAGGUAUUAUCUGUCCACAAAAACACUUCAUAUAAAGUCCUUACAACAUGUUCCUAAGCUGUCGACAGCGUUGCUCACAGAGAAUAAAUUGAUACGAAAUUACAUUCACUGGUUUUACGGUACCAAAGGACGGAAAUAGGUAAUUAUAAACAACAGUGACUUAAAUUAUCUAAAAGGUCAAGGUAGUUCUGCACGUUUUUAUCAUAUUUUGUUUUUAUAAUGUAGAAUUUGAUUAUGUUCUGCUUUUUCAAAACUUUAGGAUAUACUUGGCAAGAAAAACAGACAGAGUCGUGUGCUUCAUUUUUACUAGACUGUUUUGCGAAAUUUUGACCUCAAGCAAGUCUUCAUUAGUUUAUGGAAAAAUCACAAAAUCGAUGACAUUUUCGCAAAUAGAUUGUUUUCUACAACGUAUAUCUUAAUGAACCUUCUCACCGUCGUAAAUAAUCAUAUAGUCUAUAAUAUAGUGAAAUAAAAUGUAAGGUCCCGUAUGCUAGAUUAUGGAAAUUUGCUCACGAUUAAAGAGAUCAGAAUAUUUCAAGCUGAUUUUAAGACAUUAUUUGGGAUUAUCUAAUGUGUCCUAUGUUUUAAAAUCAUAUCUUAUCUUUAAAAUCGUUAUUGUUUUAAUAAAUUUACUCACGGGUUGCCAUAAUUGAUAAAAUGAUGAUCAUUUACAUAUGCCGAGUCAAGUUUUUAUGUCUCCCACCAUACCACACAGUGGUGUCGGAGACGUAUUGAUUUACUCCUGUCUGUGUGUGUGUGUGUCUGUCUGUUACAAAUUUUGUCCGCACUCCGAGUCAAACAUUUCUCAUCCGAUCUUCACAAAACUUGAACCAGAUGUAUUUGACCAUAACUCCUCGGCCAAGUUCUUUAACUUGCCAAAUCGCCCCAGGCCAUUCAGAAUUAUGGCCUUCGAAUUACCCAAAAUCAGCCUUUUUAAUGUUCAAAGGUAUAUUUGUAGUGAGUAAACAGUAUGUAAAGACUGACUUACUAUUUAGAUGAUUAGGCAGUUGUGGGAGACAUGCGCUUUUUAAAAAGCAGCUCUAGUUAUUCUACGUUUUCCGGAUAAAUGACUUGACGUCAUUUGCCGGUUUAUAAAACGUGCAGAACUACCUUAAAAUGAUGGAAACAAUUGUACUCGCUUCGGUACAAUCGACAGGUCGCAUAGUUUCAGCUGUAGUGACUACUAUACACAUAUCGGUACAAUCGUCAGAUCAGGUAGUGUUAGCUGUAGCGACAUCUAUACACACCGGCAUAAUCGUGAGGUCAUAUAGUGUCAGCUGUAGUGACAUCUACACUCUGUACUGUACAGUCGUCAUGUCGUAUAGUUUCAGCUGUAUUGACUUCUAUACACACCGGUAUAAUCGCCAUGUCGUAGAGUUUCGGCUGUAUUGACUUCUAUACACAAUUUGGGACAAUCGUCAAAUUGUAUAGUGUCAGCUGUAGCGCUUUCUAUAAAUGCUUCGGUAUAAUUGUCAGGUCGUAUUGUUUCAGCUGUAGCGACUUCUAUACACACUUCGGUAUAAUCGUCAGGUCGUAUAGUUUCAGCUGUAGCGACUUUUGUACACACUUCGGUAUAAUCGUCAGGUCGUAUAGUUUCAGCUGUAGCUACUUUUGUACACACUUCGGUUUAAUCGUCAGGUCGUAUAGUUUCAGCUUUAUUGACUACUAUACACAUCUCGGUAAAAGUCUUUCAUAUAUAGUCUGCAUUGUUUGACACACCCAUAAUCCAUGCUUUAUUGAUAAUUGGUUUUAAGCCUAGUUUUGUUUGCAUAUGAUUAUUUGUGUAUGUAUUUAAAAAUGGCACACAUUAUUUUAUCAUUGAAGUAAAAUGUACAAUGCCUGAUAAAAUAAUGUAAUAUUAGCAUAGCACCAACUCAUUUCGGUCUUCAUCGUAUUUAUGCUUUCAUUUCAUUAUUUAUUUCAUUUGUUAAUGUUCAGGUAUAUACUGCAGCAAUUUAAAAUGAGUAUACUCUACAUUGUAACAUUUACGUCAUGUUAAUAUGAGUGUUUUGUCACUGCAAUGUGUUACCAUGUCGUUUAAUUCAAAUUGUUAAAAUGAGCGUUUUCCAGCCGUAUUGUUGGGCAGUUUAAGUGAUUCUAGUCAGUUAUUUUAUCAUGUAUCUUAUGUUAAAGUACCAGUACAGAAGCAGUUUGUUUUAAUCUUGGUCUGUAUGUUUGCUUUUAACCUAAAUAACGUUUGCUUUAAGUAACUUCAGUAAAACUGAAUUUCUAUCCGUUUGUAAUAAAUGUUAAAAAGCAGUUGUAUAAAUGAAGUUGAUAGUGUGUUUUGUUUAUAUUGUGGUUUUUCAUCACAAACUGUCAUUUGUUCUUUUCCUUUUAUAAAUAUGUCAUUAUUUCAUUAUUUUGGUGCAUUCCAGUUACAUAUAAAACAAAUGUAAAAUUAGACUUGUUGGCGAGAUCUCGUUUCUGUCAUUCCCAUUUACUUGUUCCAAAAUAACCUAGUUUGAUUAAUAAAAUCUAUGACAAAAUUUA